AUGGCAGAUUCAGCUGACGUUCCAUGCAGUUACACAGACACUGACGCGGAUGCCUCAAUAUCCAGACCAAAGGUUGAUUUCAACCCUGUUCCGACGUAUAUACGAGACUCUUUGCUGGCAGCGAAAAGGCAACUAGUGGAUGAUCCCCCCAGGACCGGCGACGAGCAUCAAUGGUCGACCGCUUUUUCCACUCCCGUCGCUUCCGUCAACGUUUCAGCCCCUUAUUCUCGAUGCUUUGAAGAUUCGGUCCUCCUUUCGAACUCGGGCAUUCGCCCAGAAGACGUAAAUGCCGCUGCGGAAGCUCCGUGGAACUGUGACCACUGUUUCGUCAAACACGCAGUGCAAGUGAUUGGCAAAGACAACACUGACUUCAUUCGUUACCGCCCCGUCCAUGCAAACGCAGUCCAGGAGAACGCAGAGACGUCGGCGUUAUCAUGGAGCCCAACGUCAGCUGCAUACAUACCCACUUGCGUCGGUCCACAUGAUCAACCAGUUGAUUCUGACAGUUCUUUCCAAGAUGAAGUCACAAGGUUUGCGAGAAAAUAUGCAGAGCAUCUGACGCUCCAUCGACCGGAUUCACGUUCGCCAUCCCCCAAGGGUGUCCCGCUUUCUAUGGUUGGUAUCUUGUACACACAGCAUCUCCUCUCCCGCCAACUAAAUGUCCUCUUUAUUGCUCAGCAAGCUGCUGCCGACUACACCAGUAAUCUGUAUCAGACAGCAUCACGAGUAGUUCUCCUCAAGCGGACACCGCACCCCCAAGCGUCCAUACCGGACGACAAUGGAAUCAUUUAUGCCAGUCUGGCCGAAACUAUCAGGGAAUCUUCCCACGAACAAGAGAAACGUUUUGCACGGUCAAAGGCAGGCAUAACUGCCUUGGUCGCUAGUGAGUUAGAUCUACUGCCGCCUCACACCAGUGUAGAACAGGAAGGCCCGGAUCUGCAGAAUCCGGAGAACGGACACAGACACGUGCAUGUUGGGCAGCCUGUUGGAGGCUUAAUUGAAGACAAAAAGCUGAGAACUCGGGACUACCAGGAAGGUCUCAAAACAAAAGAGGAGACGCCAGCUUCCUGCGCCUUUGGAGAAUGGGUGCAUGAGAGGAAGCGUCUGAACGCCGAGUAUGGUUGCUUUCGGAAUUGUUGUAUUUCUUGA